AUGUAUUCAAAGACUUUGGCAAUACUGCUACGAUCACCGACUUCAAUACACUUUAUUUUAAUAACAUUUAUACUUUUGUUAUCAUUCUUUUUCCAAAUUGUCUCUGGUGACGACCAGAAUCAUACACAAGAUGAUUCUGUUCCAACAUUGACUGUACCUGUGAUGCAGUGGGGAUUUUUGGCAAUGGGUGGGGAGACCCCUCAGGGGUUAAAGGAUUUUGGUUUUGGUUACAAUAAGCAAGCUAAUAAAUUGAUUGUCUUUGGUGGAACUACACAAGAUAACACAAAAUCUGGAGCCACUUAUAUAGCUGAUCUUAAUGCCAUGACUUGGCAAUCAUUGCAAACUGCACAACAACCAGGUGCUAGAUCAGAUAUGGUUUAUGGAAUGGAUAUUUAUGCUGGUUAUCGGAACACUUUUGUUAUAACUGGCGGUAUAGGUGAUGGUGACAUAAUAUAUAAUGAUACUUGGGCAUUUGACAUAACUUAUAAUACUUGGUCUCAAAUAACAAAUGUAACAUCAACGAGUGGUCCGAUACCUAAAAUGUAUGGUGCUGUUGGAGGAAUUGAUACAUCCACACAAGGUGGAAGUCAAACUAUUCCAAAUAAUACUAUGUGGUUGACUCAUGGAACUAAUGGAAGUGAUUUUUUUACUGACCUUUGGGCUGUGGUGUUUGGUGGAACUUUGGCUACUUCUGGUAAUGCCUUGUUUGUUACUUGGACAAAAGUUUCUACUAGUGGUUCGCUUCCUAAAGGGAGGAAAGCUGCUGGUGGAACUAUUCUUCCGGGUGGUAGGUUGGUAAUGUAUGGUGGCUGUAAUGUGUCAGCCUCAUCAGAUUGUGCAACAUCUGAUGUUUGGAGUUUGAAUAUUGGAAGUAACUCUAAUAGUGGCAUACCAAACUCAAAUACCCCAAUUUGGAGUGAGGAUGGUGAAUGUUUAGGUGCAAGAGAAGGUGCGGCAAUGGUCAAUAACGCAAUUACAGGUACUGUUUCUUAUCGAGUACAAGCAAUUUCAUAUGGUGGGAAAUUACCUGGGAGACUUACUGUAGAUAAAGAUGGUGAAGGCGUUUGGGUGAGAGUUCUUCCCCUAGCUGAUCCAAAGUAUUCUUAUCCAAAAGUACGUUCUGGUGCUAGAAUGAUAGCUAUUGACAGCACUCCAUUAGCAAAUUCGACUAAUUCUAGUCCUAGCAUUAUUAUGUUUGGUGGAGAAGGUUUAAAUGGUGCCACAUCAUUUUAUAAUGAUAUGUGGGUUCUUACUCUUACUGGCGCUGUUUCGAAGGGUAAUCAAACGAGCCAAACUUCUUCUAUGCAAUUCUUACAAUGUAUUCCACCCAGUGGUAUUGGUACUCCAUCACCAUCAAAUCAAACUCCUUCUUCUAAUAACAGUGCUGGUCCUUUAGGUUUUGGUCCACAAUUUGCUGAUUCUACCAUUAAUGUUAAUCAUGUAGUAUUUUCAACUUUGAGUUUUGUCUUUUUACCGGUUGCGACUUCAAUAAUGAGAUUCGGUAAAGGACUUAUUGCUACCGGAAUCUAUGCUACUUUAUUAUUAUUGUCUUAUGGUUUUCUUAUUUAUGGUUUUUUAAUUGCAAUACAAUAUGUAAACUCUACACCAGUUUCUUCCAACAACAAUAUUGCUUCACAUUUCUCAAAUUCUCAUGGAUUACUUGGUUUGGUACUGACCGUUCUUUUAUAUGUUGUGGUACCAAUGUUAACAAUAGUUUCCUGUGUAACUGCUAAGAAAUUUGGGUCAUAUACAUCUGCGGCAGCAUCUGAUGAUUCCGAUUCUGAUGAAGGUGGUCGUAGUUUUGGAAGCAAGAUAGCUGCAUUUUUAAAUUUAAAAAAUUCUGAUACUAAUGGUAAACAAUCAAAAUCAUUCGAAGUUUCACGACCUGGAAAUCGCAACUUUCAGAAUGACAAUGCACGUUACCAACAGCCAACGUCUGUACUCAAUAAACCAUCCUCAGAUUCAUGGAUUGACAAACGAAAAAGUGUAACUAUUGCAGAUAAUCCAAUGAUUUUGAACAAUAAUUCACGCAAUAGUACACCAAAUGGUAUCCCAAAUUCGAGAAGAACUUCACAAAGUACUACUGCUACAGGUUCUUAUCAUCAACGAUUAGGGUCAAAUGGAACUCCAAUUAUGACGCCAACAUCACAGCAUUUUUAUCCACGGCAACGACCGAAUUCUCUUCAAUUUCAUUGUAUACAGCAAAAUCUAAGUAAAAAUAGUUUAUUAGUAGCAAUAAUGGCAAAAUUUGGUGGUCGUGGUGAAGUGGGUGAAUUCAAUGAUGCAAAUGGUUUAGGUAAUGAUGAGAAUAGCCAGGCCAGUGGAAGUGAAUUUGGUGCCGAACUUGAACAAGAGAUCAUUAACAGAGAAGUUGUUGUUAUGACUAUACCUAAAAGAAGGACAUCAAUAUUUUCAAGUAAGAUAUUAAGAAUGGUUAAAGUAAAGACUCCAGGACGUGAUGCGUAUCGACAUACCCCUAUAACAAAGUUUUUUCCUCGAGUUUCCAACUUAAAUAAAAGUAACGCGACUGAAAACUUAAAUUUACCGAGAGAUGAAAGUUUCGAUACUGUUACUACGGGUUUAGACGAUUCGGAUGACGAUAAAUUACAAAACAUUCCUUCUAUUAUUGAAGACGACGAAGAUGAUGAUCUUUUAUCAUCAACCGAUCUUGAAUUGGCAUUUUCAGAGAAAUUAUCAGGCAGGCUAUUUGAGAGAAGUGAAAGUUCUCAGAGUGACGAACCUACUUUACGACGAAGUACGCGUUCUAGAAAACAAGUUUCUUUUCAGCAGAUGGUGCCAACUACCGAAGCUGUUCCACUUCGCGGUGAAAUUCCAUGUGUGAGCAGCUCUACUUCCACUGGGAUAAAUUCAAAUAUUUCCGAAAUGAAAUAUCAAUAUUCAUUAUCUUCCCUUCUUCGAGAGAAGAAGCAUCGAGAUAAGGCUGGUUAUGAUAUUCGUGCCAUGGAAUCGGUACUUAAUGGAGAAUCUCUUUGUGAAUUGGAGGAUCCAUUUGACGUCUAUGAUCGUACAGAAGUUUCUGCUGCAAUAUUGAGUGAAGAUAUAAAACGGGAACACCUACAACAGAUUUUUAAAGAAGAUGAAAAUGAUGAUUUAGACCAACAACUGGAAUUCUUUACUGAUAAUAAUACAAGUUUACCGAAUCCGGCUUUGGGGGCUUCCAUGCAAGCGUUGGAAGAUCAAGCAUUUGCACUAAUAGCUGGGUCAUCAUCUGACGAUGAAAAGCUAAAAUAUAUCCUAUGUCAAGAUUGGAUUCCACAACAGUAUGAACUUGGAUUGAAUUUGCCAUCUGAAACUAUUUCAUGGCUAUUAGAAUUAAUAAGCUAUGAAAAGGAUACAAUUAUAAUAGAAGCAGCUUCUCAUACUUUGAAACGUCUCGCUGAAAUUAGUGGCCGGUACAGCAUCAAUACGACUGUUGAACCUACUAGUGUGCCGUUCUCAUAUAUAUAUGAAAUAUUAUCCAAGUUUGGCGCGUCAUCACAGAUGUUAGGUUACCAAAGUGCGUUGGAGGAACAAAUAAAGUCAUCUUUGCCAUUUGAACCUUCAUCCAAAUUCCCCCAUAUUUACAAUUUACAAGUUCUUUUGAAAACAAUUGUACCAUUGGUUGAAAACAGAAUUUUAAAAUUCUCUGAUUAUGAAGAAAUAAGACGAGCGAUAUAUGUUAUCCUUCGCAUGUCUUUAGAUAGACGUAUAUCUUUUAUAUCUAGCUACAUUGAAAGGGCAGUCGAUUCAUUUUUAAAUCUUUUCCAGGAAGAUGAUUGGAGUUCUCAAGCCAAACUUAUUUGUGAAGAAAUUGUUUCAGCAUGUGGCGGAAUAACAAAAUUUAAUGCUGUUACAAUAGAAAAUUUACCUAUUUCAAUUCGUGGUCGUUUAUUACGAAGACUUUUGGCAUUUAAAUCUCUCUUCGCUAUAAGUUUAAAGACUUGGGAUUUAGCUGCGGCUGAUAUCACAAAACCGUUGUCAUUAGAACCGCUUCUAUCUUCCUUUGAUGAUAACGAGUCAAUGUUUAAAAUUAAUAUUAAUACGAACUAUAAUGAGUUGUAUUAUAACGUAUUAUUACUUAAUUUCGCUAUUGAUGACGAGGAACAGAUGAUAUCUGAAAAGAAUGUUGUUGAGGAGAUCAUACAAAAAUUAAAAUACUUGCAUGGAAAAAUAGUUGAUAUGAGAGCUGCUUUCAUGGAUCGAACAAAGGCGAAAGACCUUAUACAUAGACUUUAUAUGCGUCUUUAUUAUGUGACUAGUAAUCGUCGUGGUAAGACGCAAGCAAGCAUACUCGAAUAUUCGUCCAAAAAAAUACAGAAAGGAACUCUCGACAUGUUUAUCAAUCAAAAAUGUUAA